CCGUCCUCAUCAAAGCUUAAACCAAGAUGAAUACAACCCUGGCUCAAACUUUUAUCAUUCGCGUUGAUGUUUACAUUUCUUGAGAAAGAAAAAUCGAUUCGAAAAUCUUGUAAUUUUCCUACAUUAAUUCGCUAAAAUGACUUCGCAACCAACAAUAUACGGCAUUCAAAGUACAGCAGGGGCUGUUCCUAUCCGAAACCCGAGAGGUGAACUGUCCAUGCAAAAGGUGAAAGUUCACCGAUAUGUAUCGGGAAAACGUCCGGAAUACGCCCAACAUUCCAGUAGCGAAGAGGAAUCUGACGAGGAUGAUUUCAUCGACAAUCGUAGAACGGCGGAAGAAUCCUAUCGCGAAUCCCGCCGCCGCGAGGAAACGGAUGGAGAAGAUGACAUUCAGGGAAAUAUGGACGAUCCUCGUAUUCGGCGCUUGCAUGCCAUACGGAGUGCAGCGGAAGCGGAGGAGAUUGAACGUGAGCGUAGAGAGCGUCAUCGGGUGAUUCACGAACCGGAACUUGUUCAAUCAGAAGAAGAGGAGGAAGCUAAUGAAGUCGAGGAGGAAGAACCUGGCCAACAUUUGCGUCACCGACACAGACCGGAGGAGUCGGAUGAUGAAGAGGAAGACGAGAACGUACCGGGAUCUGGGGAAAAUCUCACCAGGAUGCGGCGCAUUUCCAUUGGUUCGGAGUCGGAAUCGGAUACGGAACUGAGCGAUUCCGAGAUUGAACGUAGGAGAAAUAUGUUGAGGCUGAAGAUGUUACAACAGAAAAAGGAAGAGGAAGUUCUUCAAAAAGAGGAUGAAGGCCAAUCGGACACAUCGGAAUCGGAAAGUUCAGAAUACGAAGAGACAGAGAGCGAGGAAGAGAAUGAACCAAGAUUAAAACCAUUGUUUGUACGCAAAAAAGAUAGAACGACGGUGAUCGAGAAGGAGCGCGAAGCCAAUAAACAAAAACAACUUGAGUAUGAAUCGAAAAAAGCUGCCAAGGAGCGUCGUCGACAAACCUUGAAGCUAGUUGAAGACAGCAUCAAGAAGGACAUGGAAAAGGCCAAAGUGGAUAAUGAGCCAAAUUUGAACGAUGUCAAUACAGAUGAUGAGAACGAUGAGGUUGAAUAUGAAGCGUGGAAACUGCGGGAAUUGAAGCGUAUUAAACGAGAUCGUGAAGAGAAGGAGUCGCUUGAGAAGGAAAAACUGGAAAUAGAUCGAAUACGAAACAUGACGGAGGAAGAACGCCGCCAGGAUCAACGACUCAAUCCCAAACAGGUCACAAACAAAACUGUCAAAGGAAAGUAUAAGUUCUUGCAAAAGUACUAUCAUCGCGGUGCUUUCUACUUGGACCAGGAAGAUCAAGUGUACAAGCAGGACUUUUCCGCUCCAACGCUGGAAGAUCACUUCGACAAAACCAUCCUGCCCAAGGUCAUGCAAGUCAAGAACUUCGGGAGAUGUGGCAGAACCAAAUACACCCAUUUGGUGGAUCAGGAUACCACAAAAGCCGAAUCACCUUGGUUUGCAGAUUCAGCUAAUAAUACUAAAUUUUACAAUGAAAGGGCUGGAGGAAUGCGUCAAGUUUUUGACAAACCAUCUUCUUACAAAAACAAACGUGACAUCUAAAUAUUUAUAUACAUACAAUAUUAUCUUUCUGUUGUAGUUUGAAAAUGGUAUAUAUAAAUAAACUUGCAAAAUAACAGCACAUUA